CGAGGGUAGCGAAGGAGGGUAGCAACCCCUCUUUUAUUUGGAGAGGAAUGUUGGCGGUUCAGGAGAUUAUACGAGAUGGGUGUAGGCGUUGCAUUGGAGAUGGGCUUGAUACAGAAAUUGGGAGUGAUGCAUGGCUGCCAACCGAUAGUAACCCGUAUAUCCAAACUGUUUUGCAUGAUUCCAUAGCUAAUGCCCCGGUGGAUUCAUUAAUGAAUGAUCAAGCAAACGGAAACCACAUGAUACGUGGUCUUGGCAUUGGGAUCACAAGGGUGAGUACACAGUCAAAUCUUGCUACCGACGUCUGUCGAAUCAAGUUCAGGAUGACCGGCCGUGGACUAAAAUUUGGGCUUUGCAUAUUCCUCCAAAGGCUCAUUGCUAGCGAAUUGGAGAGCGGUGAACGAACCCACCUGUGUGUUGAACCCCAGAACCCGAGAGGUGAAGUGGAGGAAGCCCUUACGUGGAAGAUUAAAAAUGAACAUGGAUGCGGCGAUAAAUUUUGAUGAAAACGUUAUGGGUUUAGGGUGGGUGUUACGGGAUGAUGAUGGCCUUUUCUUGCGGCCAGGAGUGUCCAAUUGCAUGGAAUUUUAGGGGUGAAGGAAGCUGAGGCAAUGGGUAUGCGGGAGGCACUCAGUUGGCUUAAGGAUACUGGGAUGAGAACUAUUGACGUGGAAACUGACUCCCAGCUACUUUUUAAUGCUUUAUCUUGUAAUUCUUUUCAUUCUGCUUUUGGUAUUCUAGUUGACGAUAUUAAAGAAUUGGUAUCCACGAUAAACGAUGUCCAAUUUGGUUUUGUUAGGCGAUCUGCGAAUUGUGCCGCCCAUACUGUUGCUAGGGAGGUCAUUUCUGUGUCAGGUUGCGGGAAGUGGCUAGACGCUCCUCCCUCUUUUCUUGUUGAUUGUCUUGCUAUUGAUUUAAUGAAUUA